CUGCCAAUGGGCUGACAGCUGGUUGCUGAGAUGUUGCUGAAAGACAUUCCCCAGGAGGUGUUGAUGCGCCCUCUUUCCCGAAAUGAAGUAGUGGGAAUGAUCGUGAGACUGACAAUCUUUGGAGCUGCCACCUACUACGGCAUCAAAUGGGUGGUGGAGGCAAUGGACCCUACACAUAAACAGAAGAUCCAGGCCAAGAAAAGGGCAGAGCAGCUGAUGAAGCAGAUUGGAGUGGAGGGUGUCAAACUCACUGAAUAUGAGAUGAACAUUGCUUCUCACCUGGUAGAUCCACGCAGCAUGAGGGUGUCCUGGAGGGAUAUUGCAGGGCUUGAUGAGGUCAUUUAUGAACUGCAGGACACUGUUAUCCUUCCCUUCCAGAAGAGACACCUACUGGCUGGAUCCAAACUCUUUCAGCCUCCCAAAGGGGUGUUGUUGUAUGGGCCUCCUGGGUGUGGGAAGACUCUUAUUGCCAAGGCAACCGCCAAAGCCUCAGGAUGCCAGUUCAUCAACCUGCAGCCCUCCACUCUGACGGACAAGUGGUACGGCGAAUCACAGAAGCUCACCGCUGCGGUCUUCUCGUUGGCUGUCAAGAUCCAGCCAUGUAUCAUUUUCAUAGAUGAAAUUGACUCCUUCCUGAGGAAUCGCUCCAGUCUGGACCAUGAGGCCACAGCCAUGAUGAAGGCCCAGUUUAUGAGCUUGUGGGACGGGCUGGAGACUGGGGCAAGCAGUCAGGUGAUGGUGAUGGGGGCCACCAAUAGACCACAGGAUCUGGACCCAGCCAUACUGCGCAGAAUGCCCACCACCUUUCACGUGGGCCUACCAACUACAAGACAGAGGACAGAGAUACUGAAGUUGAUCCUGGCAGGAGAAAAUCUAAGCAAUGCCAUUAAUCUGAAGGAGAUAGCAGAGAAGUCGGAGGGUUCAUCAGGCAGUGACCUCAGGGAGCUGUGUCGCGAUGCUGCCAUGUACCGUGUUAGAGACUACGUCCGCAAGCAGCAGAUGAAACAGAUAGCCCAGCAGAUGCAGGAGGAGGACGAGGAAGACAAGUAACAACCAUUACUGUUUCUAACUCAAGCAUCAAACUGAUGGUCUUUGACCUUUUUAUUAUGCUGAAUGUAGCUGUAAGUUACAGUAUACUUCAUUGUGUUGUGCUUGUGUUUUUCGCUUUCAACAAGAGAAGUCUUCAGCUCUUCAAAGCUGGCGAUGGUUGAACAUUUUUCAUAAAACACAUACAGUACCAGUCAAAAGUUUGGACACCUACUCAUUCAAGGAUUUCUGUUUACUUUGACUAUUUCCUACAUUGUAGAAUAAUAGUGAAGACAUCACAACUAUGAAGUAAACCAUAUGGAAUGCUUUUCCUUCACUCUGCGGUCCAACUCAUCCCAAACCAUCUCAGUUGGAUUGAGGUCAGUUGAUUGUGGAGGCC